AUGGCUAAAGCGGCAUCUUUGGCGGACACCUUAGGCAAGCAUUUGGAGUGUGCAGUGUGUCUCGAUCAGUACAAUGAACCGAAAGUUCUUCCCUGUCUUCACUCUUUCUGCAAAAGUUGUCUGCAAGGACUUUUGACUCUCGAAGGAGCAGUUUACAGGAUAAUUUGUCCAACAUGUCGCUCAAGUGCUGAGGUUAGUUCCAGGGUUAUUUUUGACUAUGCUGUCGUCAUUUGCAGAAGGAAAUUUUUUUAUGCAUUGUACAGUAUAUGUGAGCUUAUCCAUUGGCAACAUUUUUGCGGACGUAAAUGUGUUAAUUUUCUGCUAGUUCGACAACCAUCCCUACAUAUCUUCAAGUCAAUAACGUUCUUGCCUUUUUUUGCCUCUAAUUCUAUGUGGAAGUUAAUCUUCUGUCCAAAAAACAGGUUUUCCUUUUACUCGUCUCUACGAUAAAUGCUUUUGAUUGAGGUCCCAAUGAAUGAUUUUUUGUUGUCCGCUCACCUCUCUUAAACUUUUGCUUUGUCAAGAUUUAUAUUACUAGCACACAGGGGCAAGAAAAACACUGUACAUGAGGUGUUUAAGUUUCGACAUAUUCACUUAACUGGACGUUUAGGGAAGAGGGGGGUAAGGCGGUGGACGUUACGUGCGUAUUUUUGGACAAAAGCAAACUGACGCAUUUUCAUAAAUUUUACGCGGCAGGUACAAAACGCAGGUCACAGGUCACAGGUCAGGGCACAGGUCACAGGGCACAGGUCACAGGUCAGGGCACAGGGCACAGGGCACAGGGCACAGGGCACAGGGCACAGGUUACAGGGCACAGGGCACAGGGCACAGGUCAUAGGGCACAGAAAACGCAGUAAAAACAGUUAAGACACUCCAUUAGGCUUUUUUGUUUUAUUUCCGGUUACGCCACAAUCAGGCAUAUGCUUGCCAUCGACCAUGCUUUCCGGUUUUGUACUGAGGGUUGAACAAGUAAAUGGCUAAAGUUACACAUUGUAUUGGAACUUGAGGAGUUCCUUCUCUGGAGAUCUCGAAACGAGGCUUUUUCUUCGCUCCACGCGAGCGGACUUGGAACGAGGCUCUGAGAGGAGAAUGGAACGGAAAAUAGCCUCGUCUGUGCAGAAAGCAACAUGGCGGAAGACCAGAGUUUCGAGGUAAGAAAACAGCACUUGCUGACAAGUUAUUUUGGCCUCAGUUCCACUGAAGAACUGAAAAAUAACUUAGUGAAUUAUCAACACACGUCUACUUCGCUAACUAUCGACUGUGCUGCAAUCGUGAAUUGCCGAUUUCGGUUUGUUGCUGCGUACAUUGAUGUUUAAGACUUAAGUUGUCAUUAAGUUGAGCAAUGGAAACAUGGUAUGAUUCUAGCCGUAGUUACGAAAUAGUGACACCUUUUAGACCAAGACCGUUUGCAUAAUUUGAAAGUUUUUUAUAUAACUAUAAUCUUCAAAACCUAACGUACUUGUUCGGUAUCGCUGUUAGCAGUCCAUGCAUCAGGACCGAGCUUUGUUCCAUUUUAUUACGCGAAUGAAAGAAGAUGUAUAGGAUAUGCAAUGUGGCUUUGAUCAUUUCUGUUUUCAUUACUUUUUUUUAAUUCUACAGGAAACAGAUUACAAAGAAGCCGAGCUCGCCUCACAAGGAUCUUCUUGGAGAUUUCCCUCAUCUUUGCUGGGAUAUACUUUGGUAGGUUUUCAUUUAGCUUUUUAAGCUUGCUAUCGAAAAUAAACGGCUUUGCAUGGUCGAUGGCAAGCAUAUGCCUGAUUGUGGCGUAACCGGAAAUAAAACAAAAAAGCCUAAUGGAGUGUCUUAACUGUUUUUACUGCGUUUUCUGUGCCCUAUGACCUGUGCCCUGUGCCCUGUGCCCUGUAACCUGUGCCCUGUGCCCUGUGCCCUGUGCCCUGUGCCCUGUGACCUGUGCCCUGUGCCCUGUGACCUGUGACCUGUGACCUGUGACCUGCGUUUUGUACCUGCCGAAUUUUACGUCAUGUGUGGAGCGGCGCUUGUAACAUUAUUUACAGUGCGACUAUAUGAACCGCGGCCACACAGCCAAAAAAUGAGACAAAUAAUCACAAGUUGAGAUCUAAACAAUGAAUUUGGGCAUAAUUCCGUACUCAGAGCCAGUUGAAACACCGGCAGCGCAAGCGCACUAUGUGUGGGUUCGCGCGUCGUAAAAGAAGGGAAGCUUCCCUUCUUUUAUAGUGUUCAGUACUCGAUGGAAAGAAAGUCGACUAAACGGCGUUUAAACCGGCCGUAGGACACAGAGUGGCUAUGAACUAAAGGUAAGGGAGCUUUUUGAAUCAAUAUUUCGCGUGAUCAUGAUGUUUUUCUUUCCUAGCGUUGUAGAUUCGAAUACGUGUGAUAAAAUUCGAACAUUAAGGGCCCGAAUCACAUGUUAUAAUGCAAGAAAUAUCGACCUUCGUUAUCUUAAAGGUUACUAGUACAGAUAGACAAACAAGAAGACUUCAUAUCUGUAAGAUUUUUGCGUUUAUUUAGCAUCAGAUAAUACACUAAUAAUUCUAGUAUAUUCCGACCAAAUGACCUCUGAAGCCCGAACCCACACAUAGUGCGCUUGGGCUGCCUGUGGUUGAAAAUACGUAGAGAACAAUUUUGCUAAUUAAAGGAUAUAAAAUAACACAAUAUACAUACUAGGAAUCAUGACUUUUGUGUAAAUCAAGCUGAAAAUGUUUUGUCACAUCUGGGUUGGCCGGAAUCAAAGCCAGCAGUAAAGGAAUUUUGAACAAUCCGAACUAAGGGCGACGACCGCUCCAAAGAUCUUAUUAUUCAAAGUUAUUAUCAUUUUAGCUGACCUCCUAGGAAACAUGUUUACUUGAACGAGUUGCAAAGGCCAUGCUUUGUGAUUGGUGGAUUAUUACUAUCUGAAGUUGUACCUGUGUUGCAUUAGGUUCACUGCUUGUGAUUGUCCGAUGGUAUAGUUGCACUGUAAGAGAAAGCAGGACCAACUAAAGAAGUGAAUGUAAAUAGCGCUUUGCACUAAUGACGUUACAAAUUUCUGGUCCCUGCUGUGACUCAUAUUAAUUGAACCUGACGAGUUUAAGAGUUUUGUAUGGGAAAGCCACGUUCACCAACAAAUUUUCGUUGUCUUUGAAGAUUUUUAUUGUCAGAAGAAAAACAUCCAGCUCGGUUUCAAUAACGGUAUAUCCUGAAUUAGUAAAAUGCAACUAGUGGUCUAUUAUCAAUGCUGCGUUCUGAUUGGUUGAGCUACUACUAGGCUAUAUAGGGGUGGCGAAUGGUACCUCGAAAAACGUGGGUCUCGGAAAAUUUUGUCAGGAUCUCGAAAUCUCGGAAGCGCUUAUGAUAAGUCUCGAAGUCUCGUUUUUUCAUGGUUUGUUUUUACUUUUUUGAGUCUCGAGACUUUUUACCAAAGAGUCUCGGUCUCGGAUUUCUAAUUAAGAUCUCGGCGUCUCGGCGAGUCUCAGAUAUUACCAUUCGCCACCCCUCUAUAUGUAUGUAGCCUACCAGUAGCGAAAAGCACGCACUUUUUGGCGGCAAAAAAGGAUUAGUUUAGCUUUAACUAGCUAAGAUUUUUUUAUUCACAAUAUUUUUGACCAACUAGUUGGAUUUUACUUAAACGAUUAUUCCUCUCGCCCUCAUGGCCUCUGAGUCAAUUUGGGCUCGAAGAAUAAUUGUUAAUUAAUCAACGAGUGCAGAGACAACGUUAAACAUGGAAAAAACUGUACAGAUGAGUGAUUUUAUUUCUUAUGCGGUGUCAUUAAUGAGGGUAAAACUGUGUUACAGACAUUUUACUAAGAAUUGUAUGGAGAGCAGGGCUUGAAAGCUGUUCAUAGAAUGGUGCAAUUAGUUAAAUUUAUAGACAAAUAUGUUGCUCAAUUUUUUUUUCGAGUGUUAAUGUUAUGCGCUACUUAUAGUACUACAGGAUAUGGUAUCUACCAGGCUGCAUAACAACACAACAAGCUAGUACAAUUUCCGGUUUGUACUAAUGUUGGCGUGCUUUUCAGCUCAGAAAUUCUGCUACAGGCUUGCAAGAAGCACAAACAAACUCGUCUUCCUCUUAAGCAAUUUCGGUAUUGGAGUAUUACACAGCCAGAAAUAAUGAUAUUUGUCAUGUUUUACUGCAUAGAGUGCUAUCUGACUAAGAGGCCCUGCCAGGGUAAAUUCCGACAAGCGACAUGGCCCAAAAAGUAGCGACAGCGCGUAAAAUGAAAUCGCGACAAGAGACAACCUCCCUCGGCCAAAUUGCGACAGUGACGGCAAAGCUAACAAUAAGCGACAAGCAUUUAUACACACCGACGUGAGAUGUUUUAAAAUUCAGACGGGCAACAUGGAACCCCCCCCUGGCAGGGCGUCGACUAACACAGAGCUUGGGAUCCCAUUUCAGUAGCCUUCUUUGAACAGUUUGCGUUAUUUUCUGAUUUUAACCAUUUAUUUGAGUUACAUGGACCAGGUUUUAAUCCCUAUAGCAGUAAUGCCUUUUACAUAUUAGAAUAAAACAUUUUAAAAACGCUCAUUGUCAAUUUUAUGAAAAAUUUUCUUGUCAGAAAUGCAUGCUGCUCAUACAAUGCCUUUGAGCGGAGUGCAAAGUUUCUCUGAAUCAUGUGGGCUGGGUCUAAGGUGACAAAACCUAUUUUUAAUGAUAGUGCAAAGCGCUAUUGUGAUCUUUUAUAAAACUCUGCUCUUAAUAACUACCAGCAAAUUGUAUAUUUUGCAUUGUGAUUUUUAAACUCUAUCCUAAAUUAUGCACCAAUAAUUUUUUCAAAACCAACAAUUAUUGUUAGUUUGCUGAUAUUGUAAAUACUUUUGUUAGAACACAUUUAGAAUCUUUUCUCAACACAUACUUUCAAUGUCAGCGUCCCUUUUCGAGAAUCUGUUCACAGCCUCAUCGGACAAAAUCCAAGGCAGGCACUUCAAUCUGACAACAAAUGACAAUACUUUGACUUAAAAAAAAUAAGGUAUAAAGUCAAUAACUUCAAUUUAUAAUGAGCAACUGCCUAUCUUGACAGUGUUCUUUAUAGCACAAGUGGCAAACCCAGCUAAUUUCCUCGAAUUCUCCCUCACUUAGGUAUAUCAGUAUACAGGUAUUCUUAGUUGUAUUGUAAAACUCCCUGAUAAAGUGUGCGUUAGUCACACGAAACCUCUAGGCGAUAAUAAAACAGUUUUUACAACUCAAGAAGUUUGCAAAAGUGCUGCUCACUGGUUUUUUACCUUCAAAAAUAUUUUUAAAAUAUAAUGAAGUUUCUGCCACUUUUUAAAGCAGUAAAUUGUGUUGAUACCGUUGACAUCUUCAUGUAUUGUAAGGACAUGUUAGUAUUCCUUCUGGAAUGCAGUGACUUUUGGGGCAGCAAAAUUUCAAGUGGAAGUGAAGGAGUGGGGGGGAGGGGAGGGGGGUCUGACUUGAACGUCUAGUUGAUGUUAAAUGGGGAAAAAGUGAAUAUGUUGACGGCCCAUUACUUCCUUACUUUUAACACUAAAAAGAAGAAGGAAAAGACUUACUUUAAUAUUAAGAUCAAUUUGUCAUGUGAUGCUCUUUUGCCAUUGAUCUCCAGUUUCUUGCUAACAACUCUUAAAUUUGUCAAACCUGCUGUAUUAAACUGAGUCAACUUGUUGAUCAUCCAAUACAGUAAGUGGUCCUUAGUCCAGGGCCGGCCGGUUUUACUUUGUGAUAUAAUUUUCGAGAAGAAAAUAAGGUUACAAAACAAACAAAAUGUUCCCAGUGUUUAUUCAUGUGGCUAGCUUCUUAAUCUCCAUUAGAGGUUUUCCUGAUUCUAGCGAAGGCUGGAAAAUCAAGUUAACUUGAACGUAAGUGAAAAGAGGAGUUAAUGCUCAUAGUUGCAUCAUGCAUGGGUAUUCAGGGCAAGAUGGCGGGAAAUUCAAAGAUUUGUAUUAGAAUUCAUAGCCAUGCAGCUAAUUCUUCCUGAAUUCAUAUAUUUGAUGCUUUCUCUUUGAAAAGAAGUUCAAAGAAACAAAAUUAUACACUAAAUCUGGAGUGCAAAGAAUUGAAGUCAGUGAUCAGUUUUUUGAAAACCUCAAUUUUACCAUACAUUUUCUUUAACAUUGAUACUGUCGAAUUACAGAAAAUCUUUGGGAAAAUCAAGGUUUUUAUAUUCAACAAAUUUUUAUACGGGGAGUCUCCACCCUGAGGUGCAACCCCUUACAUAUACCCUUUUAUAUACCAUUUUUCACAAAUGGUGCCCCUUUCACAUAGCUAGCUUGUUUAUAGAACUGCAUCCCUUUUAACUGCUGUAAAUGUCAUUUAAAUAGGAGUCAAUCACAAAAAUAGAAAGUUUCAUAAAGCCAUAAAAUUUAUUUGUGAGCCCUUUGGGCCCUUUCACAGACCCAUGUGACAGAUUUCUUUACCCUUUCGUAUACUUCAACAAAUAAAAUCCCUGCCCUUUCAUAUACCUGAACCCUUAUAAAGGUACCCCUUUUGGGUGGAGCCUCCCAGUAUAGGCUAUUAUAGGGAGUUUCACAUAAAAAGAAAGGUUCACAAAGCCAAUAAAUUUAUUGUUGUGCUCUUUGGUCGCUAUCAGAAGCCCAUAUGUCAUAUUUUUUUUCCCUUUAAUUUACUUCAAAUAAUAAAACCCUUCCCCUUUUAUUUACCUGGACCCUAAUAAAGUUACUCCUUUUUGGUGGAGCCUCCCUGUAUAGGAUAUUUUAGGUAGUGGUCACCCCCCCCCCCACCCCCUCAGAAAGUUCAAUUUUUUGUUUCGUUUAGUUCUUAGUAAAUUAAGAUUCAUAAAUUAGUGCAGUGAGGAUCUUUCCACUUUGAGUCACACAUUUUAAGUAAAGCACUUUCAAUGAGUGGAGUAAAUAAUAAAAACCGCCUGCAGUGUUCAAGAUAUAUUGCUUGAGACUUUCCCAGCAGCACCAGUGCACUUUAUUAAUAAUUUAUUAAGUAGUUACAUUGAAGGCCAACUGAGACAGAAAAUUUUCUGAUAGGAAGUUUUUGCUUGGAAUCUGUGAACAAGCGACAGCAAAAUAAAUUUUUCUUUAAUUGAAAUUCAUUUAAAAUCGUGAUGCGAAUGCAGAGAAAUCACCACUAGUAGUGGCGAUUUCUCUGCAUUUGCAUCAUAACUGCAUUGAUAACUGCACAACACACAUUCGCACAGAUGCAAAAAUGAUAAUUCUUCAUGAGACCAAACUAUAGCUCUUUACACAGAAAUCUCAUUUUGGUUUUGAAGUUAAAAUGAUGCCUAUAGAAAAUAUACAGGAAUUAAGAUCAGCUGGUGUUUGGAAUGUUUCUUUUUGUGCACAGUUUGCAUGCCGGCUUACAAAGUGACUAAAGUGGCCGGACCAAGGAACCACUGGCCGAACCAGGGGUCUUUAAACAGAGCAGUCAUUUUCUAUAAUGCAGGAUUUUCGGUAAGGCUCAGAAGCUGUCGGUUUUAAGUUAGUAAAAUAUGUUACAGCAACUUAGAGGACAACUUUCAGCUCAGUGCUCCUCUCCUAGGAUAAGAAAUUACUCAUUUACAUCUUUUUCAUUGGACCAAAAUGCAAGGACCACAUACUGUACAGGUGUGACUGCAUUUACUAAUCUUUUACAAUUAUUAUAAAUAAUAUGAAUACACUUGUAAUACACAGAUUCCUCAAGGACAAGUUGAUUUACUACCUGCCAAUUUCUUUGUCAACAAUUUAUUAUCUGUGGUUGCUCUUCACGAAGAAUCAGAAAACAGAAAACUUGAGUGUGAUAUCUGUGACAGUGGAGAUCCACCUGCUAACAGAUGUACAACUUGCUCCUAUUUUCUAUGUGCGUUUUGCACUCAAGCUCAUCAACGAGCACGAAACACCAGGUCACACAAUCUGGUCUCUGUAGAGGGGUCUGCAGCUGUAACAAAGCCAGCAGUUUGUAAAGAACAUGAUGGAGAAGUGAUGAAACUGUUUUGUAAUACAUGUGAGGAAGCUAUCUGUAGAGACUGCACCAUCGUGGAGCAUCGUGAUCACGAGUAUACAUUCGUGAAGGAUGCAUUCUCAAAGGGCAAAGAAAGCUUGCUGAAGGCUCUGGCUGAUACAAAGGAAAAAGCAGAUGUUCUUGAAAAGGCUGUGAAAGGUGUUUUGGAGAUGAAGAGAAGUGUACACUCUUGUGCCAAUCAGACCAAACAAGAAGUUGUUGAGUGUUGUGAUGAACUGACAGAUUGCAUUGCUGCUCGCAAAACAUAUCUGGUUGAUAUAGUAGAAGAAUUCAAAAAAGCAAAAUUGAAAUCUCUGGAUGUUCAGCAGGAACAGCUAGAAAAAGCUCUAGCAAGUGUACAGAGCAGUGUGCAAUUCACUGAAAAAGCAGUUGAAAACGGCAGUGAGGUGGAGAUCCUAAACACGCGUAAGCAAAUAUUUAGUCAAUUACAAGAUUUAAAAUUGGCUGAAUGGCAGCUGGAACCAUGUGUUAAUGAAUCUCUAAGCUUCACAGGUAAUGGCCAUUUGAAGGAGGACAUUUCAACCUUUGGUAUUGUUAGUGACAUGGUAACUGAUGCUGGCAUGUCAACUUUAACCAUGGUAAAUGGACCAGAGGGUGUCAUGUACAGUUCACUAUGUGGACAGCCAGUAAAAUUCAGUAUCAUUGCAAAGGAAAGCAAUGGUAGGAGGCGGAAAGAAGGUGGAGAUAUCUUCAAAGCUUUUGUGAACACUGCUGAUCCACUUAGGUCUCAAGUGAAACAGAUUCCAGUGAAGGAUUGUGGAAAUGGUACCUACAGUUUCUGCCACACACCAAUGGAAACUGGCUUUUUUGAGUUGUCUGUGCAGCUUAAGGGCUCUCAUAUUCGAGAAAGUCCAUUUCAGUGGUCCGUCAAAGAUCAAAUCAGUUUAGGUGAAUUUCUUAAGUACAGCUACAAAGGAGAUGGUGAUUAUGUUGAUGAUGACGAUGGUGAUUAUGUUGAUGAUGAUGAUGAUGUUAAUGUUGAUGAUGAUGAU